UGAGAGAAAGGGGCUAGAGAGAACCUAGAGAGAGAAGAGGAAGAAUGAACGGCCGGAAGACUCAUCGGAAACUACCAUCGGAGUUUACUCCGGUUAAGAUCAUGAUGCAAGGAGCCCUUCUUGGAAGGGAAAAGAGAAUCUGGGUGGUCGGAAUCCCAUUUUCCAUCAAGAAAUCAGAAAAAACCCGCGAGGAACAACUCUCUACAUGAUCUUUGAAGAAGUUUGGCUGAAACCUCGAUCCGAAGGCUGAAACCCGAGAAUCGUCCGAGAACGAUGAGCGAACUUCCGACGUUCUUAACUCGUCCAGUAGUCAAGCAAAAAUUACAAAAAAAUAUACUAGGACAUAGCCCGUAACACGAUCUAGAACUUUGUCGAAGAAACCAUAUCGAUCCGAUCUACGGAUCAAAAGAUAUGAAAAUCGGAAAAGGAAACUGUGUUACGGAUUUCAAAGAACAGAGAAAAAAAAAAAAAGAGGUCGGGCGGAGGGCGGCGACAAGCUCGGACACGCAUCAACCGUCGGCUAGAGCAACGCAGCUCCAGCGAGGCGAUGACACGUGUCACCCGGAAAGCCGAGCCGAACCAAAAACGCGAGCCGAGCCGAGCCGAACCGAACCGACCGACCCACGACUGCGCAGAAGCUGCCGCGCGUGCGACCUGCGAUUGGCGCAUUCCCGCGCGCGUGGCCCUCACACUCCCAGCGCACUACUAGCGCGUGAGCGCGCGCGAAACGGCCGUUUUGGCCCGGUUGCCCUCUGUUUGCCCGAUUUUUGUCCCGAUUCCAGUUCUAAUAUUGUUUUUAUGUGAAUAGGAACCUAAUUUAAGGAAAUCAGUAUUUUUGGACACCUCACGGGCAAAGAAACGCUAGCGAAAGGGCACGCGUCAACCAGAUAAUGGCACCAAAGAGACGCGAACCGUAUGUAGGGCCAGGACCUAGAAGGGGAAGAAGAGAGGAAGUUCAGGACACCUCGGUUCCAAUACCUGAAGAGGAACAACCUGAACCUCAGGAGGAGGUUGGGGAUAUGCCCCAAACUAGCGAGGGGACAGUACCACAGCCAUCAAGAUCAAAAAGACGCCGAAUGAAGGCCAAGGCCCGAAGGCUGCUCGAGACACCCCCUACUACUCCCUUCUCCGAGGAGGCCCCAUCAGAUCCAACCCCGUGUACAGCAGUCCCACUAAACCAGCCAUUAGCCAUGCCCUCAGCGGAGAUGUUUCAGACGUUCAUGAUGACGUCGAUGGAAAAUCAGGCUCUGACGAACCAGAUGAUUCAGACCAUGAUGUCUAAUCAGUCAACAGGGCAAGGGGGCAAGGAUUCAGGGACUAUGACUGUGGAGUCCCGCUACUUGAGAGAUUUCCAAAGGCAUAAACCGCCUUCCUUUGACGGAGGCAAGAUGGAUCCUAUUGCCGCUGAGAAUUGGCUAGAGGCCAUAGAAACGGCCUUCCAUUUUAUGAACUGCCCACCAAAGUAUGAAGUCCAUUGUGGGACAUAUAUGCUGAAAGGAGAAGCGCACUUCUGGUGGAAAGGUGCUCAGAAAACCAUAGUACCACAAGGAGAGUUUAUUACAUGGUGUCAGUUUAAAGACGCAUACCUCCACAAAUACUACCCAAUCACUGCCAGAGUGAAAAUGCAGGCCGCGUUCCUCGCAUUGAAACAGGGAGACAGAUCAGUGGGGGAUUAUGACUUGGAGUUCAAUAGGCUGGCAAGGUUUUCUCCAGCCUAUGUUAGUUCUGAGGAGUUGAAGGGCGAACGAUUUAUUGCUGGCCUGAGGGAAGAACUAAGGGGGAAUGUGGCAUCCCAGUCAUCCUUUGUCUAUACGAAAGCCCUUCAGGUGGCAACCCUGCUCGACUCGCCCCGUACCGACAAGCUUCAGUUGGGAAUAGCAUAAUCAUCCCACACUGCGGCCCAGGGAAAGGGGGCAUACCCUAACCACCCCAGAACUGGCAGACCACCCCGUGGCCGCACUGAUAGGCGAGGGAGAGCCCCGGUACGGAACAUGACUUUGUGCCCUAAUUGUCGGCGUCCUCACACGGGGGA